AUGCCGCCGCGUCAGUCCGACACUACAAAGCGUCAACAAGAUGGUGUGAAGUCGCCGCUCUCUUGCCAUCGGUGUCGGCGUUUGAAGAAGCGCUGUGAUCGCCAAUAUCCAUAUUGCACGCUCUGCCAUCUGAGGGGAGUGGCAUGCGAUUAUCCCCACCAUAGGAAAGAAAGAGUUCGACGUGGAGAUCGAGAUACCCCAGAUGAAGUCUCUCCAUCCACCAGUCAUCAAUCAUCUCGAACUGUCGCUACGGAUAAAAGCCUGCAUAAAUUGCCUAGCCGGCUAGGACAGGAGAACGCCCACCAUCAGCUCUCUGAAUUGGACGAGCUCGAUUUUCUAGCCGCAAGCUUUCUGGAUCCCGAUCAUUUCAUAUUGGCACAACUGGAAACCCAAAAGAAAGAUGUGGGUAUUACAAAGUCGGUUGCCGACUUGGUAGGUAGCGUUAGCGACAUUCAGGCCACCGCCCAAGUUUUCUUCGAAACAAUCCAUGUUUGGAUGCCGAUUGUGUCCAAGAAGCAGUUCCAGGACUAUUUACUGCAGAGGUUAGCUUUUCGAAGAGCUGAAUUCUUUUUACUAGUGCUGGCCAUGAAGCUUUGUUCAUCACGUGUAACGGUAGCGAAAUCAAUGCUCUAUCGAACUGUGAAGCAAUUGUAUUUUGAUAUAGAGUCCUCAGGGAGACUCUCUAUCCAGACCCUCCAAGCUUCAGUCCUGAUUGCGAUAUACGAGAUCGGCCAUGGGAUAUAUCCCGCGGCAAUUAUUUCGGUUGCAAACUGUGCUCGCAUCGGUACCAUUAUCGGUAUAGACCGGUCUCUGAAUACUUGGGAUUUUAUUUCCAGAGGCCCAUGGAUCGAGCUGGAAGAACGUCGUCGAGUUUGGUGGGCGAUUAUAAUACUUGAUAGAUUUAUGAACCUUUGUUAUCCUAAGCGAUACCUGGUUACGGCAGAUCCAGACCCUGAGAGUUACCUACCGGUAGACGAUGGAGAUUGGGACAGCGGAUUUUCAAAGCCUGAAGAUGCAGUGACACUGCGCUUAUCUUCCCAAGUUCACAUUGGAAGAUUUGCUCGGUUUGCACAUGCAGUGCCUCUCUUCAGCCAGGCCCUUUCUAGGGCACAUGAAGAUCCGCAAAACACUGCGCAGCUGCGACGUACUAUUCUCUCCCUGAUAAGUCUCGGAGAGACAGAAGGGUUGACAAAUAGAGUAUUGUUCUGCACGCUGAAUGCGGUUAGUUACAUCGCAGUAUUUGUCCUCGAUAACGCAUCCUCGCGAUCGGGUACGCAGGACCAUGCGCAGCCAAUAGAGGACUUCAUAUCGCCCGAAACUAUAUCUGCUCUUGAGCAUGCACUCAAGGUCAUGGCGCAGGAGUAUUUCGAGUCCAUUGCGCAAGACUGCGACACACUUUCGCCCUUCCUACUCCACAUGCUGUACAGGGCGUUGAUGGCGUAUUUGAGAAUGAAACAUGACCCUGCCGCUGGGCCGCAUAUUGUACUGAAUAUCCAAGCGCUGAAGCUGGCGUUGGAGCGAUUUAGGAGUCGAUGGCUGGUGGCCGGUACCUAUCUCUUGCUUGCAAAGAGACAGGAGGUAUUUUCCCUGAUACAAACUCCAUAG